CUGCUCGCUCCCGCGUGUCUGAAGUGACUCCGUGUCCCCAAGCCACUGCCUCGCCACUGCUCACACAGCUGGUCCCCCAGCCAGCACCUCUGGUGCCCAGUCUGGCCACAACCACGCGUGACACAUCCCCUGUGUCACCCUGGCCAUGCCCUUGGCAGGACACAUCCCAUGCCCACCCCUCCGUGUCCCGUUCUGGGUGGGUGUCCCACGUGCGGGGGUGUCCCCUAUCCGUCCGUCUGUCCCUUACGGGAACCCCUGGCCCUGUCCCUGCCCUGCCCGCACCCCGCACACGAGGAGGCACCAACCCCGGCGAGGCAGAGCUAUUUUUACCAACCGCUUCUGCUUGAUUUGAGCUGCGAACUCGGAACGUGUUUAUGCUAAAGGGCUUUCUUUUCCCUUCUCCCUUUGUGCUGAGGAGGCAGCGCCGCACAUCAAAGCCUGUCUCUUCGCGUUUGCUGAUGCCGGAGCCGAGCUGGGAGAGGCCGGCACUUCCACGGGGACACUCGUGUCCUCGGGGGCCGCGGUGGCGUGGCCGGUUCUGACGCACCUCUCUUUGUCCCCGCAGGUCCGGGAGCCACGGGCGGCACGGCGGGAUGAUGGGCCGCGGGCACCGGUGGGGAGCCGCGGUACCGGGCACGGCUGUCGGGGCGGCGUGCCGGGGGCUGUAGGGGCGGGCGGCGGGCAGCAUGCCCGGAGACCCCUCGCCCACAUCCCACCAACUAUCCCCGGUCCGUGGCGGCUCGGGAUGAGGCUGCCCGCCGCCCCAACCGCCCAAGGCUCCGGCCGCCGGUGCUCGGCCCCCCUCGCCCCGCCGCAGCACCAUGGUCAGCCGUGAGCCCGUGCCCGGUCCGGCCCCCGGGGGCGAGGGCAGCCAGGAGAAAGCCAUGACGGUGCGCUCGGUGCUGCUCAACCGCGACUCGCCCGACAUCGAGAGCCGCCUCAAGCGCCGCCGCAACCGCACGCAGCAGGUCCGCUUCAAGGACCUGGUGGAUGCCGGCACCCCACCCGAGUCCGCGACCGGCCCCGGUCACAACACCCUACGUGCCUCUCCGCCCCCCAGGGACCCCCCUGAGCCGGCGGCUCUCCGUGCCUCCCGGCGCAGCUGGCCCCAGGCGCAGCCGGGCUCGCUGACGCUGCCCAUGCCCAGGAAGAUGUGCAUGAGCGCCGCCAUCCAGACCUCGCCCAGCCUCCAAAAACCCUUCCCGGCCCCCCAGCCCCGCAGCAAGAGCGUCUGCGAUGUGGCGGAGGAUGCGCUACUACCACCGGCCGUGCUGCCCACGCGGGUUCCCGGUGAUCUCCCCACCCGCGAUGGCCCCGCGGUGCUCGCCCAGCACGCCAAGGUGCGGCGCACACCUCCGCCGCCACCACCCAGGGACCCCCCUCCCCCUUACCGGGGCUGCCCCGCUGCCCGCUGCGCCCCUCCGCUGCCAAGCUGCACCCCCGAGCCCUGCCCGCCACCCCCGGUCCGUGCCCAGCUCCGUGCCCAGCUCCGUGGGAACCCUCGGGGUGACCACGGUGUCACCCCCCGCCCCGCCUCCGUGCCCUGCGGCCAGCCCCGGCCACCCGGUGAGCAGCAGGGGCUCGGUCGGAGCGGCUCGGAGAGGACCCUGCCCCACGGCCAGGACACGCAGGGACUCCUCAGGGGACAGCCAGCUCAGGGCAACCCCACGCGGGACCCCACGCCACUCCAGCACCAGCUCUGUGCCACGUUCCGUGGGGGACCCUGCUGUGCCCCACCAGCUCCGGGCUGGCACGGCUGGGCAGGACCCACGGAGCCGCUGGUCACAGCCCCACAGGACACCGGCGUGGGGACAGCAGAGACCCCCCGGCACGGACAGCCCCACAGAGCCACCCAGGAGACGGACACGCCACACCGCGUCCAGGACCUUCUGCAGCUGGUGGUGGUGGCCAAGGGGCCGGUGGGAGCACCGGCGAGGGAUGAGGACGGCCGGACAUCUCAGGGAGAGCCCCCCCGAGGGCCCGGGGAGCAGGGGGACCUGCAUUCCCAGCUGCAGUCCCUGGAAGGGGUGCUGGAGACCAGCCAGCAAACCAUCCGGGUGCUGCUGGAUGUCAUCCAGGACCUGGAGAAGAAGGAGGCGCAGCGGGAUGGGCGACACUCGUACCGGACCGGGCAGGACAUCGCCAACUGCGGGACGUGCCGGGACUGUGCCUGCAUCAUCUACAGCGUGGAGCACGAUUUCCGACAGCAGGAGGGUCGCUUCCAGCGGGUGCUGAGCCACAUCGAGGGUGACACGGGGCCGAGCUCCCCCCCAGCGGCUCUGGGGGCGGCUCUGGGGGCGGCGGGGACCCCCUCACCCCCCCAGCAGGAACCCUCACCCGUGCCGAGGCUGCCGGCAAAGCUGGACGUGAAGAAAUCCCGCCGCAAAUGCUUCUGGUUCCUGUGAGCCCGGGGGGCACCGUGCCAGCGCUGCCCCCCUGCCCACCUCCCCUCCCUCCACGGUGGGGUUUGGGCAGCACCAGCGUUUCUAUUUUCAACCAUUCCGCUGAAGGCCGGGGAGAUCGGGGGUGGGAAGGGCGAGGGAGCAGCGCUGGAGUGAAGGAGAAUUCAAUAAAUUCCCAGGAGACGCUAUUUUUGUUAA